AUGCCUGAGUCCGCUGCCAGAGAUCCGUCCCGCUCGUACCUGGGCGGCCCUGCCAGCUACCUGAGCAACGUCUCCAACUUCAAGAUCAUCGAGUCUACGCUGCGUGAGGGCGAGCAGUUCGCCAAUGCCUUCUUCACCACCGAGAAGAAGAUUGAGAUCGCCAAGGCCCUCGACGAGUUUGGUGUCGAGUACCUGGAGCUGACAUCGCCAGCUGCGUCAACCCAGUCGUACAAUGACUGCAAGGCUAUUGUCGGUCUGGGCCUGAACGCGAAGAUUCUGACGCACGUACGGUGCCACAUGGACGAUGCGAAGCUGGCUGUGGAGACCGGUGUUGACGGUCUGGAUGUUGUUAUUGGCACGUCGUCGUAUCUGCGCGAGUUCUCGCAUGGCAAGGACAUGCAGUACAUUAUUGACACCGCCACUGAGGUUAUCGAGUACAUCAAGGGCGAGGGUCUUGAGGUGCGGUUCUCGUCGGAGGACUCGUUCCGGUCCGAUAUUGUCGAUCUGCUGAACCUUAUCGGCGUCAACCGUGUCGGUAUUGCUGACACUGUCGGCUGUGCGACCCCCGACCAGGUCGCUGAUCUUGUGCGCACCCUGCGCGGUGUUGUCUCGUGCGACAUCGAGUGCCACUUCCACAAUGAUACCGGCUGCGCCAUUGCCAAUGCCUACGCUGCGCUGCAGAACGGUGCCACCCACGUCGACACCUCGGUUCUCGGUAUUGGUGAGCGCAACGGCAUCCCUCCUCUCGGUGGUUUCAUUGCCCGCAUGUAUGCCGCCGACAAGGAGCACGUCAAGAGCAAGUACAACCUGACCAAGCUGCGUGAGGUGGAGAACAUUGUCGCCGAUGCUGUUGGCGUGUCUGUUCCCUUCAACAACUACGUCACCGGCUAUUGCGCCUUCACCCACAAGGCCGGUAUCCACGCCAAGGCCAUCCUCAACAACCCGUCGACGUACGAGAUCCUGCGCCCUGAGGACUUUGGCAUGACCCGCUACGUCGCCAUCGGCCACCGGUUAACCGGCUGGAACGCGGUCAAGAACCGCGUUGAGCAGCUCGGCCUGCCUCUCACCGAUUCUGACUGCAAGCAGAUCACCAACAAGAUCAAGAACCUUGCCGACAUCAGGCCGCUCAGCCUCGAUGACGUCGACAAGCUCCUGAGAAAGUACGGCGCCGCCAAGUCGGAGGACUCGCACCAUGCCAUCCUCGAGUCCAUUGACACCCCGGACCAGAUCACUCAGUGGCAGAUCUAA